CACAGCAAGAGAAAGGAGUGUAGGCAAAAAUACCUAACUACUCAAACCACCAAAGAGCCAAAUAAGAAGCUGAAGCUCAGUGUCUCCACCCAACAGAAAAUCAAAAUCUCAGAUUCCAAUUCCCAUUUUCUAACGUAGGAUAUUGCAAGACAGACGCACACACAUAACACAUUCUCUCUCUACCAACCCUUCUUUUUCUUCUUAUUCUUUCUCCUUUCCUUCAUACAAUGUCUAUUUCACAAUCUCCCUUAAAAAAAUGAAAACAUGUUUGUGACAUAGACUUUUUUCCGCUCCUCAUCUCAUCCCUUAAACCCUAGAAACCCAUCAAUUAAAAAUCAAAACUUUAUUACGUAAGGUUCUUAUUUUGGUUGAUGGGUAGGAAGGGACACCAACUAUUCGACGAAAAGAAUGAUGGGUUUUUUUUCUCUGUUUCCAAUUUGGGUUCUCAAUGGAGCCUCCAAGAACAACAACAAGGUUCCUAUUACCACCCAGGAGGCUUGUUUGCAAGCGUUGGCCAAAUGGGUACCAUGGGUUUUGGUGUUCAACAACCAAAUCCUUCUUCUUCAGCUGAUUCUGAUUCACGUGACAAUGACAACGGUGGUUUGAAACUACCCUUCAAUGAUUUGUACGUUAAGUAUGUUCAGUGUCUUGGGAAAGUUCAGUUCUUUGAGGAAGGGGAGGAAGGGGUUAAGGCUAAGAAGAAAAGGAGUGGCCUUAAAUUGAAGGUUAGGAUCAGGAACCCUUCUCUGAGGAGGCUUUUCAGUGGGGCAAUUGCAGGCGCUAUUUCGCGAACCGCAGUGGCACCAUUGGAGACUAUAAGGACUCACUUGAUGGUUGGAAGCAGUGGCCAUUCCACCACUGAGGUGUUCCAUAAUAUCAUGAAGACUGAUGGAUGGACAGGGUUGUUUAGGGGUAAUUUUGUUAAUGUCAUUCGGGUUGCACCUAGUAAGGCUAUUGAGCUAUUUGCUUAUGAUACAGUUAACAAGAACCUAUCACCAAAGCCCGGGGAACAGCCUAAAGUUCCUAUUCCUGCCUCAUUGAUUGCAGGUGCCUGUGCCGGAGUGAGUUCAACUAUAUGCACAUAUCCUCUCGAGUUGGUCAAAACUCGACUAACUAUCCAGAGAGGUGUUUACAACGGUCUACUCGAUGCAUUCUUGAAAAUAAUUCGAGAGGAGGGUCCGGCGGAACUUUAUAGAGGCCUUGCCCCCAGUCUUAUUGGAGUCAUUCCGUAUGCUGCCACCAAUUACUUUGCCUAUGACACCUUACGGAAAGCAUACCGGAAGAUUUUUAAGCAAGAAAAGAUUGGUAACAUUGAAACCCUUUUGAUUGGAUCGGCAGCCGGUGCUAUCUCAAGCAGUGCAACGUUUCCACUUGAGGUGGCUCGCAAGCAUAUGCAAGUGGGAGCUCUGAGUGGAAGACAAGUUUACAAAAAUGUGAUUCAUGCCCUUGCAAGCAUACUAGAACACGAAGGGAUUCCCGGUUUAUAUAGAGGGCUCGGGCCUAGUUGCAUGAAAUUAGUGCCGGCUGCCGGAAUCUCUUUCAUGUGCUAUGAAGCAUGCAAGAGGAUAUUGGUAGACGACGAUGAAGAGGCGUAACAUGAUGAGGUCAAGUGCUGAUUUUUUUUUUUGUUUUCUCAAGAGGCCGAAGUGAAUACUUGGUUUUUUGCUUAUUCAGUUAACUUAUUCUUGUUUUCUUCUUACAUUACUGGAAUUUUCCUUUUUACCAACAGAUCAUAUUUUUAAGCAAUUGAGAAUGGAAUAAAGGUUUUGGUUUUUUGUU